AUGUCUACCUCUCGCGAUACCUCUGAUCAGUCCGACAUCACUAAGAUGAAGGUCGAAGCGGACGGGUCCUUCAAGCGGAAGGACAUGGCCUUCCGCAACUUCAUCAAGAAGGGUGGCGAAUUCGAGCCCGAAGCGGGUCGCUAUCAUCUAUACGUCUCAUAUGCGUGCCCGUGGGCAACUCGCACUCUGAUCUUCAGAAAACUGAAGGGACUGGAGGACUUUAUCGAUGUGACUGUGGUCUCCCCUCGCAUGGGCUCGAACGGAUGGCCGUUUGCAUCUGUCGAUUCCUUCCCAGCAGCAGAUGUGGACCCCAUCUUCCAAGCCGAGCACAUCAAGGACAUCUACCUCCGUGUGGACCCGAACUUCAACGGGCGCUUCACCGUUCCCGUCCUCUUCGACAAGAAGAAGAAGACCAUCGUGAACAACGAAAGCUCCGAGAUCAUUCGCAUGUUCAACACCGAGUUCAACCACCUUCUGCCCGCGGAUAAGGCUGCCCUCGACCUCUACCCGGAGGACUUGCGCGCAGAGAUCGACGAGGUGAACGCGUGGGUCUACGACGACAUCAACAAUGGCGUGUACAAGAGCGGCUUCGCGACGAGCAGCGAUGCUUAUCGCGCAGCUGUCGUGAAGGUAUUCGACGCCCUUGACCGUGUGGAGAAGAUGCUGGACGGCAAGACAUACCUCGUCGGGGACCGGCUCACGGAAGCCGAUGUCCGGCUGUUCGUCACUAUCAUUCGCUUCGACCCGGUAUACGUUGGUCACUUCAAGUGUAACCUGAAGACCAUCCGCCAUGGGUAUCCGGCCAUUCAUCUCUGGAUGCGCCGCCUCUACUGGGGCAACGACGCCUUCCAAUCGACGUGCGACUUUGACCACAUCAAGACGCACUAUUACUGGUCGCACGCCUCGAUCAACCCGCACCGAAUUGUGCCCAUGGGGCCGGUGCCGCACAUCGAGCCGCUCAACGGUUCGCAGUGA